AUGCCGCGCGGUGGGAAAAAAGGUGGCGCACGAGCGCCACCACGCAAUGCCCCUCGCCUUCGCCCUCCCGGUGGUAUAGAGCGGCAUGCAGCCAGUUUCGUUCCUGCGAUUAGCCCAGCCGGGUUUACAUUGCAAGACGAAGCCCGCAGCACCGCUCAUCGCUCCUCACCCUGGAGCAGUGAUUCCAAACUACGCCACAGGCCGGUUGCCUUCAUCAAUACUGGAGCUGCAGAGCCUCUCAAACAACUAGAGAGCAUCUUGCAGAUUGACGAGGGGAAUUCUACAAGCAGACCUCAAGCGGAAAUCGAAGGACAAACCAUCACCGAUGGCCAAGCUGCUGCCGACACACCUUCCCACGAAUCUCAACCUGCUGUUUCGCUUGUCGAAGCUCACGUCCACGAGGCCAUGCCGGUCGAUAUUGCCGCCGAAAUGACGGAUGUCUCUCUAGACCCACGCGAGGUAGAGAAGGCUACGAUCUCCGGAGCGGAAGACAUCACUGGCGCUGAGGCUCCCAUCACACCUCUUCCCUUCUUCUUCGACGUCGUGGGAGAGACUCAACGGCUUGACGCAUUUGUCGAUCAAAACCCAACUCGUUCUCCAUCGCCUACGUCGUCCAACUCUAGCGAAGAUGUCAUUCUGUUCAGAGGUCGCAACAAGGUUCCCAGAGACAAGCAAAGUUCGAAGUCCAAGGCCAAAUCGAAGCUGAAUACUUUCAACCUGGGCGGCAUCUCUACCGAGAUCAACGUCCUGGAGAAGACCGUGAAAUCAAACAAAGACAGCAGCAGGGAUAUGCCUAUGAAGACUGUCGGAAACUCUACACAGGAAUCUCGUCGAAAUGCCGCUAAAGACUUGAAGCGACAGGAGGACGAUGAACUGAUUGCUGACUAUAUUGCCAACAUGAGGGAGUAUGGUGAAGACGAAGCCCUGAUGCCUGCCAAAGCCUAUUCUCGCCGUGACAUAGGCGGCUCUUUGAGCGAGUCUGAAGGCAUCGAUGACUCGUUCCAGACCGUCGUAGCCACGAGCAAGACCGAGGAGUUAUCAGGCGUCAACAGUGAAUCGGAACAUGCGACUGCAGGGGUUGGAAAAGCGCCUAAGGAAAGCGACGAGAAACCUGUCCAUAAUGCACAGAGGCGAUCCGAAAGGCGCAAAGUCAUACAAGAUGAUCAUGCACUAAGGGGAAUUUUUGAGACGGACGUUUCCUACCUGGCAUCACUCGAACAAUCUCUUGCUGAAGACGCAUCGCCGCCUUCUGACUCAAGCGACCAAGACGACGACGAUAUCUUCAGAUCAGCAGCAGAUAGAUUUGCGAAUGAGAUCGACGAUUUCGACUUCAUGGACUGGAGCCGCCCGGCGUUGAAGCCUAAGAGGAGCAAGGGUGCCAGGGGCAAGGUUCCCGUGUUUGACAUUUCGGACUCAGAGCUAGAGGGCAAGAUGCAAGCUGCGUGGAAGAACGAUCGCUUGAAAAAGGCUGAGAGGAAGAAAGAACGCCAAGCCAUGCGUAGUAUGGGAUUGUUGGGUAAACAUGCAAACCCGGAAGAUCUCAGAGUCAAAUAUCCCCACGGCAAGUUUCAUACACUUCGAGUGCACUCAAGGUAUUGGAGGCUGACUUAUUACCGCAGUCUCACACUACCGCCCAUGGACAACCAUGCUCGCAAGGUGAUUCACGAACUAGCCAGCAAAUUCAACAUCAAGUCCAAGUCCACAGGUUCGGGUGACCAAAGGCGACCCAUGCUCCACCGCACUUUCAGGACCGCCAAAUUUGCCGAUGAGAUCUUCGAUGUAGCAAUUGCUCGGGUCGGCCGCAAAUACUUCCCUCGCAACGAUACGGCAGUGCGGGCUGCCGUACAGAGGCAAUCGGCUCGUAGGGGAGGUGGUGGUGGACACGCGGGAGUUGCCUAUCGGGAUGGCGAGGUCGUCGGGGGUUCCGCGCCUGAGUUGAGCCAGGAAAACAAAGGUCGUGCAAUGCUCGAGAAAAUGGGCUGGAGUAGCGGUACGGCGCUGGGCGCGAUUAACAACAAGGGCAUUUUGCAGCCUGUCGCCCAGGUUGUCAAGCGUAGCAAGGCCGGGCUGGGAUAA